CGCCCCUUUCUUAGUGUGUUUUGUUGUCCCUCAAUACUGAACACUGAGUUCACGUUUCAUUCAAUUUUAAUCUAAAAGUGCAGCCGUUAAUACCGGUCUUAUUCUGUGUCGUUCUUAAAGGAAGUAACGUUCAAUAGGGGUGAACUCGAGCUGAGUGUACGAGGCGUCUCACCGGCUGUCACAUCAGUCACAUUAGUGGUUGUCCCUACACACUCACACACAAACACAUACACACAUGCUGUGAACCUCAAAAGGUAAAGAAACACAAAUGCAUGUCCGACACUGCAUCAUCUCCGCGCCAGGGAAGGCCAUCCUGCACGGAGAGCAUGCGGUCGUGCACGGAAAGGUGGCUCUUGCUGUCAGCCUCAACCUCAGGACUUAUCUAGAAUUGAAGGCGACCUCUACUGGUAAAGUCUCUAUAGACCUUCCCAACAUCGACACAUUCCUCUACUGGGACCUGUCUGACCUCCAGCCGCUGGUGUCGGAGUCCUUCGCCAAACCAGAGGAGGCCCAGCGGUUGGACCCGGAGCUCCUCGGACGACUGCGAGAGUUUGUGGGCGUCACCAAUGGAAACCUGGACACGCGCAGCAUGGCCACCCUGGCCUUCCUCUACAUCUACCUCUCCUUGUUUGGAUCAGGGUAA